ACAUGGGCUGGUUAUCUGGGAAAUCAGCAUUACGUUGGCGGUGUUGGUCCACCUGAAGACGACUCGUGGGUGGAAAAGCAAGAAGAGCAAGAUGCCGUUGAGGAUUGGCCUGACCUCCCUGGAGAAGAGCCUCAUUCUUCUGUUUGUGGCCAUGACUGCAGCCUGCAUUGGCCUGGUUGUGGUUUAUGUCACCGAGGCCAACAGCUCCACUGGGGGAAAUGAAGGAGAGGUGGUGUUGGAUUCAGAAUGUGGGACUCCGGCGCAGCUGAAUGGCGAGAUGGGGGAGUUCAGCAGCGGAAAUUACCCCAGCAGCUACGACAAUGGCAAGAGCUGCAGCUGGACCAUCACUGUGGACAGCAAAAAGGUGAUCGUUUUGUGGUUCCAAGACUUCUCUCUGGAGGACUCAGGCACAUGCAGCGCAGAUGCCCUCACACUCCAGGAUGAGCUGGGGAUCAUUGGGAAAUUCUGCGGUUAUUCCAAGCCUAAGCCGAUAGUGUCACUGGGAAGCACUUUGAUGGUGCAUUUCGACACAAACGACAGAUACACAGACAAAGGAUUCAAAGCUGUGUACCGUGCUGUGGACCCUAAUACAGUUAAUGAUAUUGUUGGAGCUGGUGGCAUUCUGCAAGGUGACCAUGGGGAGCUGAUGACCCCCGGCUUCCCAGAGAAGAACUAUGAGAACGGUGUGGUGUACCAGUGGAGGAUAAUAGUCCCUCAUGGAGAGAAGGUUCGACUCACGUUCCUGGCCUUUGACAUGGUCCCAGACUCCUGCACUGACUAUGUAGAUGUCUUCGAAGGUCGUUCAGAUGGUGUCAGUGCUCCCAAACUUGGUCGCUUCUGUGGGAACAAGGUGCCUAAACCAGUGCUGUCCAGUAGCAAUGAAAUGGUGGUGCGAUUUAAAAGCGAUUCUAACAACAAUGCUAAGGGGUUCAGUGCAGUUUACACUGUGGCUAGUGCUCCACCCAUUACAACUACCACCACCAAACCUAACACCACAACCACCACCAAACCAACCACAACCACCACCACUAGGCCAUCCACCACUCCUGAACCAACUGAUUCAGGUUGCGGCUCUCAGGGGAAUCUGUUCGGUCGGAAAGGCGAGAUCCACUCUCGGGCUUUUCCCAAUGCCUAUCCUGCAAAUCUGCGGUGUUCCUGGAGCAUAACCGUGCCUGAGGGCUUUCUGAUCAAACUGCAUAUCACUGAUUUAGCCAUAGCGGGUGAAGCAGGACAGUGCAAUGAGGACAAACUCACAGUCACUGACAGCCAGCAGUCACUGGGCAUACACUGUGGCUUCAUCCUUCCUCCUGUGCUCGUCAGUGUCAGUAACAAGAUUGCUGUGAAUUUCCUGUCUGACGGCCGGCUAGCUGACCGUGGUUUCUCAGCCAAGUGGGAGGCUGUGUACGCAGAGGACAUAGCUGAAAUCCAAGGCUGUGGUGGUUUCUCUAGUGAGGAGACCGGAGUCAUCAAGUCUGACAACUGGCCCAUAAACUAUGCUCCCAACAGAGAGUGUAUGUGGAGGGUGCAGGUGCCCGAGGGCAAAACCAUCACACUGACAUUCACCCACUUUGACUUGGAGGCAGUGGCCAACUUGUUCAGCCCCUGCCUUGACAACGUGGUCAUUUACGAUGGAGCACAUGGCACCGCUAAGAAAUAUGGUCCUUACUGUGGUGACAAACUUCCCCCCGUGAUCAAGACGACAGGAAAUGAGCUGGUGAUGCGUUUCCAUACUGACCUCUUCAAGGAGGAGAAAGGAUUCAGAGCAUACUGGAGCACAGAUCCCACACUGCCUGCUCCCACUGAAGCGCCUGUACCACCAAACCCAUGGGACGAUAUCCCUAUUGACUGGCCGGAGACAUGCGGAAGGCCGAAGGUUCCUCCCAUGGUGAACACUCGCAUAGUGAAUGGCGAACAGGCCAAACCUCACUCCUGGCCCUGGCAAGUGUCCAUGCAGGUUUGGCCCGAAUCUUUUCCCACGCCUACGUUCUUCCACACAUGUGGUGGCACUCUCAUCCAUAAGAAUUGGGUUUUGACUGCUGCACACUGCUUCAUCAGGUACGCAGAUGAGCUGCAGAGAUGGCAGAUGUGCCUGGGCAAACACAACCUGACCCAGACAGAGCCAGGCGAGCAGUGCUACAGAGUUCUAGGCAUCUAUCGCCACGAGAGCUUCAAGUAUCCCACAGUGCCCAGUGUGGAGUUUGACAUCGCCCUGGUGCGGCUGGACGGAGAGGUCACCCCUACUGAGCACAUCGACUUCGCCUGCAUGCCCUCAGUCGAGGAGAUGCUUCCAGGUGGAAAGAAAUGCUACGCUACAGGCUGGGGUGAUGAAACAGGCAACUCAAUGGCUCCUAAAGUGGCAGAGACUCUGAACCAGGUCGCUCUUCCUGUGGUUCCCUUUGAUACCUGCAAACGCAUGGACUACUGGUGGUUCCAGGUCAAGCCGUCGAUGAUCUGCUGUGGAUACACUCUCCCCGACGAGCUCAAGUCUGUGUGUCAGGGAGACUCGGGUGGUCCCCUCGUGUGUCAGGACAGCCCCUCGGCCCCCUGGGAAGUCCACGGUAUCACCAGCUUCGGGCCUAUCGGCUGCAUCAUGGACAAAAAGCCCAGUGUGUUCACUCGCUCGUCUGCCUACACGUCCUGGAUCGAGAACAUCAUCCGCAAGGAUAUCUACCACCUCACCACUUCUGGUUGUGGUGGGCCGAUGGACCAGACUGGCACUGCAGGAGUGUUGGCCUCAAUGAAUCACCCUCAGAGUUAUGAAAGCGGUGCCCAGUGUCGCUGGAACAUCCGUGUACCUGCAGGCAAACGCGUGCACCUUCACUUCGAUUCGUUCUCACUAGAGGAGAGCCAGAUGUGCCUCAGCGACAGCGUCUCCAUCUCAGACCACCUCAGCCCACUGGGUACACACUGCAGUGCGUAUCCUCCAGCGGACAUGGUUUCUGCCGGGGACACGCUAACCGUCCGCUUUUCCUCCAAUAACAGAGUGGUGGAUACAGGCUUCAGGGCCACUUGGAAAGCCGUGAACCCAACUGAUAUCAACACUGGCUGUGGUGGAGAGUUCACCACCCAGCAGGGGGAGCUAGUCUCCCCAAACUGGCCCAAUAAGUAUCCGAACCAGAUUGUCUGCACAUGGAGCAUCUCCAGUCCAUCAGCCAAGAGCCUCCACAUCGUCUUCACACACUUUGAGCUGCAAGCAGCUAACAUCCUGGGCAAGUGUGUGGACUAUGUGGAGGUGUUUGAUGCAACCGGGAAGUCACAAGGUCAAUUCUGUGGAUUUGCACUACCCAAGCUGACCAUCGCUGGAGACAAAGCCACUGUGCGCUUCCUCACCAAUGACGCACGCCAAGAGAAGGGUUUCCGUGGUUACUGGACCACAGAUCCGAGUGUGUUUCCCACCCUGCCACCUCUGCCGCCCAACCCGUGGGACGACGUGAAGAUUGACUGGCCUGUUAAAUGUGGGACUCCUGCAGUGGCUCCAGUUACCCCUGUGAUGAGGGUUGUGAAUGGAAUGGAGGCUAAACCUCAUUCCUGGCCAUGGCAAGUGUCUAUGCAGGUCAAACAGCUUCCUUUUAUGCCUUUCCAACAUGUGUGUGGUGGCUCACUGAUCCAUGAGGAAUGGGUUCUGACUGCUGCCCACUGUUUCACACAACUUUCAGUUCCUACGUCAUGGCAGAUGUGUUUUGGGAAACACCACAUGAAUGCCAGUAUGGACGGCCCCACAGAGGUGUGCGUUCCUGUGGUUGCUAUCAUCUCGCACAAGGAUUUCGUCUACCCCCAGAUCAAUGACCUCGCCAAUGACAUUGCUCUGGUACGACUGGCCAAGCCUGUGUCCGUGACUCGAGAGAUCAGCCCUGUAUGUCUGCCUAAACCCGAGUCCCUAAUGCCUGCUGGCCACUUCUGCUACGUCACCGGCUGGGGAGAUGAAAAAGGCAGUACAGUUCCUGUAGUGGCUAAGAAGCUGAACCAGGCUCCUCUUCCUAUUGUCUCCUUUGAGACGUGCAGUAAACCAAACUAUUGGUGGGAUAGUGUGCGGCCUUCGAUGGUCUGUGCUGGCUAUGAGUCACCUGAUGAGCUCAAAUCUGCCUGCCAGGGUGACUCAGGUGGGCCAUUCGUGUGCAAAUCAGCCAACACUGGCUCCCUUUGGGAGGUGCAUGGCGUGGUGAGCUUCGGUCCUCGUGGCUGCAUCGUGGACAAAAAGCCGUCCGUGUUCACUCGAGUCUCAGCCUUCAACCACUGGAUAGAAGACAACAUCAAGCGAUACGUCUAUGAAAACACUCUAGCUGCUUAAGUCUGAGCAAGAAGACCUGAAAUAGACUCUCCAUGGCUUUCUCGCCUUUACUCUGCACCUUUUUUUUUGCAUUUUCUUUACCACGAGCCCUUCUUGGACAGUGGGGGUGGAACCAAGAACCAACUAGACAUAGAAAGAAAGAUGAAGAUGUUAUUACAAUCUCAGUGCAGUGGUUUAUUUAAUCACUCAAGUCAUGAUGCUGAAUUUAACAAGAGAGUCAAUGUAGGAAGUAGAUUAACUAACAAAAUUUAACAAAGAAAAGUUACUAAAAUUCUUUUCUUAAAAUUACUAAAAUUCCUGUUUUUUUUCUCACACACAACCACAAAAGCCUCAUAUAAUAAUCAGUAUGCUAUUAUAGUUAUAUGAUUCAAUUAUAUCAUCAGUAUGUCAAGUUCUUCCUCAUGCAUAUACAGUAUAAAAUAUAUUUCACUGUCAUUCAUUUAAUUACAAUUUUGCUAUUUUAAUUUUUUUAUAAAUAAUUAUUUGUAAUUAUUUAUUUAAUGACUAGUAUUACUAUUGCUAUUAUUUAUUCUAAUUAACUGACAGUUUGCCAAUAUGUCAAAACAUGUCUUAUAAUAGAAGCAUAAUGCUUCAGGAAAAAUAAAAUAACCUCUCAUUUUUAGAAGUUUACAUUCUAGACAUUCUAUACCAAAGUCCAUAUUUUGUAUAGUAUUAAUUUGGUUUAAAAAAUUUGCUUGCUCAUAUUAGUUGCUAAUAUAAGUCAGUAUGCCUUUAAUUAAUGACUGAAUAAAGUGUGUGAUAUGAGCAUGACAGAGAUGAUCCAGAUGUAUUGGUAGAGGAUGGGAUGAGACACAGCAUUCAUAAAAUCCAAAUAAAUUAAAAUAAUUUAGUUGAAACUAAUGCAAGCCAACCUUGCAUGACAUAAACACUGGGUUUUCACCGGUGUGUUAUCAAUAUACCACAAGGUAUUUUGCAGUAAGCAUCAGUUUAAUUGCAAUGUUAUGGUUGUUAUAUUUAGGGUCCAAACACUAAGGAUGCAAAGGACCCCCUUCUUUUUGGCCUGUUUAUUAAUUUUCAACAUAAGCACCCCCCCUUAACAUUUUUCUUGCUUGUGGGCAUCCAGGUUCACCAACAUGCACCAGAUUUGGUAGUCAUAUGGGUCUCCUUUAGCCAAAUACAUUUCACUAUCACAUCCUUUAACUCCGUCCAACAGGAAGUUAGCCAUUUUGAUAGGUAUCAAACUUUUAAGUACUCCUCCGAGGGUAUUCAUCAGAUUCAAACCAGUUUUUGUCAGUAUGAUGUCAAUCCUGGAUGCUAAACUGUGAAGGAGUUUUUGAUAUCUUAAAUGAUGUUGCCAUGGCGAAGCAAUUAAUUAACAUUAUGCCACACAAACAGGAAGUGUAGCAUAAUUCCACUGUACAUCAUGCACUGAAACCUGCUGCUCCAGCAGAAUAAAAUGAAGUACAGGAUUAUUUGUUCAGUGGCUUAGUACCGGUUCUCUGGCAACCCUGAAAUCUAUACUCACAAUCACUAGCUCAAAACCUUAACCACUGAUCCAAUAAUGACCAUAAUCUAACAUAAGUUAGGAAUAAAACACAAUGAUAUAGAAAAAAUUCAACACCAAGGUGGUAUGAUGUGGACCUGUCUGAUGUGAAGUUACUGAAGUGUUUGCAAUUUGCCAACAAUUACUAUUUUAUUUAUUACAUAAUAUUUAAUCUAUUUAUAGUCACAUUUAACCUUGUCUAAGAUCUGUGAAACAACUCAGUUCCUGUUAUCACUUACAUUAUAGCACCAAGCUGUUGUUUCAUCACUAGCAUCUCUUUUUUUCUCUCUCUUGAAGUUAGUAACACAUAAAUGCCAACUUGA